AUGCCGACAUUCUUGUUCUCUGUCGCUCCGGCUGCUGUUGGCCAGCUUCACGACCUGUUGAGUUGCCUAGCAAAAUUUGAUGAAACUGUGUCAUUGGAGGCCACUCCCGAGACGCUCCGGCUGUCAAGUCUGAAUAUAUCCAAAACAGCCCAUGCCUCCUUCACUCUGAAUUCCGCUUUCUUCAACAAAUAUCACUACGCCUCAGAAGGGCGGGCUCCAAUUGCCGGAGAAGUUCGCCCGUGGGCUUGCAAGGUGCAGAACAGGGCCUUACUUGCUAUAUUUCGCCGCCGUCUAGCUGAUCCCAGAGAUAAAGAUGUUGCCCUGGAACGUGUUGACUUCGAGCUACAAGCUCGUUCGGACCAGAUAGAUUGCCGACUAUUGUUCACUCUCGUCUGCAAGCAAGGCGUGGUGAAGAAAUAUCGACUCUACUACGAGAGCGGUGAAAUUCUUCAUGCGAGCUUCGACAGGUCUAGCUCGAUAAACUACUGGACAGUAUCUUCGAAAACACUUCGAGAUGUCGUCGAAUACUUCGGGCCAAAGACAGAUCAACUAGACUGGUACUUUCAGGAUGGCAAGGUUACCUUCACAAGCUACACGGAAAGGGUGCAAAAUGGCAAGGAGAUUCUCAGACAACCAAUGCAUACGUCUGUAGCCUUGGAGCGGAAGGACUUCAACGCUUUCAACGUUCAGGAAGGUCUACACAUCGGCAUCUUCGUCAAAGACUUUCGCUCCAUCGUAGCUCAUUCCGAGACCAUGCGAGCCGAUGUCACCGCACGCUACUCCAGAGGCAAUCGCCCAAUGCAGAUCUCCUACGGUCAAGGUGGUGUCUCCGCCUGGUUCACCCUCAUGACGAAAGCAACUUCAGCCAACGUCCCAGAUGCGUCGCGGGCAGGCACUCCAGCUCGAGAUCUCUCCGUUCGCGCCGUCUCGCAAGUUUCUUCUCGCACCCGCGAACCGUCCGUACCAGCAACGACGCAGACUGCACCGUCAGAGAUGCCUCCGCCGGCCAGCCGACUCCCACGCAGUGAAAUCUCGACGAAAUCAUCCCUCUCGAAGGGCAAUUCGAGAGACGAAGUCCCCCCGCCUUCAGCCAGCCUCAAUCCCGACAGUCUGUUCAUCCCAGACGACAGUGAGGAUCGGCAGUGGGACGAGCCAAACUAUGAAGAAGAGCAAGACAUUGUGACCUGGGACAAUGCCUCUGCUUCCGCUUCAAUACGACGCAUUCGUGAGUCGGAGAGUGACUCGUUCCUGGGCGACUCAGAGAGCCGGCGGUGGACGUUCGAUGAGAUAGCUCCUACUCAGCGAUUAUCCCAGGUUAAGGGAUUAUUCGACUGA